AUGGAGCCCGGGACUGCUUCCCAGGGCCGUGUGACGAAGCGAUCACCAAAUGCAUAUCUGUCCGACUUGCAACAGAAGAUCGCCCACCUCGAGGAGCAACAGUCGCGGCUGUAUGCUUCGUCCGAGCUCAGCCACGAGGAUCACGAUGGCGACGCACAAGUUGCUACGCCCGAUGCGAGUCAACAUGAUUCGUCCACAGUCGUCGCGACUCAAUCAGAUACCCACGGUGAUGAUCCGCCAAUGAUGAAGGCACAAGUCCUCUCGCCGGAAGCAGCGGAUCUCACCAACCCCUUGACCGUGAUGCCAUCCACGUACAUGUCUGCAUCUAACGGAAGGACAUUCUACCUCGGAACCUCAUCCAACUGGUCUUUCUCUCGCAAGGUCCUCAGCCUCACACACGAACACGUAUACAAUGAGCCUCUUCCCACCGCCGCGCUGCUCUUCGACGGCUUCGCCUACGACAUAGGAUGGGACGGAUCUCGAUCAAGUCCCUCUCCACCGGAUCCCGUAUUGCCUAGCCCGGACCAUGCCAUCUACCUCAUCAAUGCCGUCAAAUUCCACUGCGGGCAGUUGUUCCACCUCUUCGACGAGGAUGACUUCAUGGCUGGCCUUCACAGAUUCUACUCCAACUCUCUCGAUAGGCCUGAUAGUGCGGGGCUUUGGUAUAUUCACUUCCUCACUGUGCUUGCUCUCGGCAAGUCGUUCACUCUGCAGAAGAACCAGGGGAGGAAACCAUCAGGCGCCAACUUCAUUGCGAAAGCUCUUCACCUACUGCCCGAUAUCACGUUUCUCUGCCGGGAGCCUGUCGAGGCGACAGAGAUACUCUGCUGCAUAGCUCUCUACCUGCAGUCACUAGACUUUCGCAACUCGGCAGACGUCUUUAUUGGUCAAGCCAUGCGUACCGCAAUGGGCUACGGCAUGAAUACCGACAUGCCGAUACGCAUCUUGGGCGAGCACUUGGUGCAGAGGUGCCGCAAGAUCUGGUGGACGGUGUAUAUACUCGACCGGCAGAUGACCUCGUUGAUGGGCAACCCGUCAUCCAUCAGCGACGACGAUGUCUACUGCCAACUUCCUACAUUCGCCGGCUCAGUGCAGCGGACAGCCGCAUUGGGAAUGCAGGUCAAGCUGGCACGGGUAAUAGCUCACAUCAACGGGACCGUUUAUGGCUCCAGUGGAAGGUUACGGAAGAAGUUCCUGACAAGCACCAAGGCUGUCCUAGAGGGAAUUGCCAGACUUGCAGAUGAGCUCCGACAAACCUUUCCGCUCCAUUCAGAAGAAUCAUUUGGUGGAGUAUCGAGAAUGUCUGCACAUCUGCAUAUCCUAUACCAUCAGUGCAUCGUGUUGGCCACGAGGCCCAUGCUUUUCUGCUGUCUGAACAUGCAAUACGAAGCACCAUCCAGCAUGCUUCAGUCAUUCCUAGCACCCCCAAGCAAGAUCCGUAACCUCUUGACCAUGUGCAUGGAGUCAUCAAUACAAAUCCUUCACAUCCUCGAUGGUCUCCAAAACCAAGGCCUUCUCGAGGCAUUCAUGCCAUUCGAUCUCGAUUCCCUCUUCAUGACGACCAUCGUCCUCCUGGUGGGCCGCGUCGUCGACGCGCAGCUCCUCGGCAGCGACCCGCCCGCCUGGCUCGAGCGGGCUUACGCCCUCUUUGACGAGAUGAUCACGCGCGGCAACCUCGUCGCCGAGUUCCGCAAGACCGAGGUCGAGAAGCUGGCCAGCAUGAUGAGGCUGAUCGGGGGUGGCGGCGGCAGCAGACCAACCUUCCCCGGCUCCUCCGAUGCCGCCGGGAUCCAGGCUCCUCAGCCGACGGUCGGGUCUAUGCUCGCGCAGCAGCACCAGACACACCAGCAAGAGCAGCUUGCAGCAAACAAUACUGUCUUAGCACCGCCACCACCGACCAUGCCGAUGACGACCAUGGCGGCUACUGGUAUCUCGGCGAGCUUGCCUUCUUUCUAUCAGGAUGUCACGGCGCCGUUUCACCUAGAUAUUGGGGGAGCGGAUGGGGGCGACGGGGGUGAUUUCACGGCGGAGCAGAUCAUGGCGGUUGCGAACUCGAUCGGCGGGGAGGACGUGGAGUGGAUAUCGCGGGCGAUUAUCGAGAAUAGUAUCUGGGAGACUGAAUGA